CUGUACCGGUGCCUUUCCCUUCUCUUCCUUUCACUUUUCGAGUAUUUUUUUUACUUUUUUCCCCCUUUUUCUUGCGGAUUUCUUCGGAUUUUUUAAGCCCUUGUUAUUUAUGGAAAUGUGUUGGUCGUGACGUACGUUGCGGGCUCUCUCUCUCUCUCUCGGAAAAAAAUCCCUAGCUAGCGAGCCGCAGAGGAGCGAAGUGCAGGAGAGGAGGAUUGGAAGAGGGCAGCAGCACUACUCGGCACUCACUGCAAGCCAGAGGAAAACAAAUGCAGCAGCAAUGUCCGAGCUCAAGAAAAACGAAAUGGAAAUCAGGGAUAAAGCUAUCCUGCACCAGAAGAGGCGUCUAAAGCAAGCUACACAGUUCAUCCAUAAAGAUUCUGCAGAUUUGCUCCCUUUGGAUGGGCUAAAAAGGAUGGGAACAUCAAAAGAUCUGCAACCUCAUAACAUUGUUCAAAGACGACUACUUGAGAGCAACAUCACAAAAUUACAUGGAGAUCCAAGGGAGAGUGGCUCUAUGACUCAGUCACCACUUGCUGAAGAGAUGAAAUCCAGCGUGAAUAAGGAUAUUGUAUCUUUGCUCACUGUCUUCUGUAAGUGUCGUGAUCAAAAGAUUAAAGUCACCAUCAACACAGGCUGCCACCAGAAUACCAUCUCCACCAGCUGCUUGAACAGAAUAGGUUUUGAGGAAUUGCCUGUGGCAGAGAGUGAAGACUGUGAGCUCCCCAGAUCUACCCAUGGUACAAAAACAAUGGAACGAGUGGAGAAGUUAGAAAUCAUGUUGGGGAAAGAGAAAAUAGAGUGUCCAGCUCUGGUAGUAGAUAAUGAGAUCUGUGAGCUAUCCCUCGGUCUUCAGACACUACUAUCUCUCAAAUGCGUGAUUGACUUGGAGAGGCGAGCGCUGUUGCUGGGAAAUUCGGAAACACAACUACAAUUCAUAACUGAAUCAGAAGAGCAAGAUAAUGAAGAAGAGCAAGAUAAUGAAGAAGAGAAAGAUUGAGAAAAGGCACAAGAUUUUGGUAUAUUAAAGAGAAAAGCUCAAAUAAUAAACUAACAUCAUGAAGUUAAGGUUCUCUCUCUUUUUCUCUCUCUCGCUGAGUUUUUGUGCCUGUGCUGUGAUCUUUGACUUACCUUACUGCAGAAGUGAGCUGGCAGAGAUGAGGGAGAGGACAACAAUGUAACUGCCUUGCCUCUCCUACCACAACUCUCCCAAAUCACCAAAAGCCUGUUCCACUCUAAGUUUGUUUUGGUGUUGGAAUACAAGAUCUGUUAGUUUUGUCAUCUAUAUUGCAGCUCCUGGGGUUGUGCACUCUGGUAUUAAAAAGCAUUUGCUUUUUAUAAUGGUAACUAAAAUUAAAUUCUACCAGUGGGAAGUAUGAAAGAUUAUUUCUUCUAGUGGCUAUCUUUGCUUGGUUUGGGUGCCAAAAAUUAUAUGGAUAUUUGAGAUGAUGAUGUCACAAGCAGAAAGUUCCUGAUGGAAGCACUUCCUCCAGGAGAAAUAGACAGCAUCAAAUCUGAAUACAUUUUACCCUGUAGCUAAUAUUUUUACCCUGCACUGAUUUGCAUCACAUAAGUUUAAUUUUAAAAAUGCAAAAUAAUUCUUGUAAAUCUUUCUAUUUAAAACAAAAGAAGCUUUCAAUGGUUAGCAGCACCAUGUUAUAAGAAAGCUUUGCAUAGCUCUGAUCUGUCAAAAACUGUAAGUCACACUAACAUCCUCUUUAGUGUAAGGUCAAGAGACAAAAUGUUUUUGGCAGGCAGCUUCAGACAGAGUUCCUUUAAGUGAAACUUCUCCUAUUUGCUAAUAUUGUGUGCAAUUCCAGUGAACUGAAUCCUUUUCCAUUCUAGUUUAAAAUUCUGGGGACCAUAACUGCAAUCAUAUAUUUUCUGUUUUUGAAUUACAAUUAAAAUGCUUUUAACCAUAAUUUGCUUAUAACCAUAAUGUGUAAUAUUCCAAUAGCUUUCCCCCAUUUUCUCCAAUACAAAACCUCAGAUGAAAGGAUGUGCAUAUUCUAACUGCAGAUCAAUUUGAUUUACAGCCAAGAUGCUCUAUUGUUUUCUUUCUACUAAUUUUACUAAUUACCAAUUUUUAUCUCCAUUUCCUUUGUACAGCAGUCAUUGUAUUUGGUCUCUAUCAGUUGUUUCAAAUACACAAAUCUUCCUUUUGAAAAUUCAUUUUUUUUGCUAUUUAAGUAUGUGAAUUAAGAUACAUGAAUGCUGUAACUGGUCCAAUGGUUAGAGGCUCACAUUUUGCAAAGAAAUAAUUGUUGAUAGGCAGCCUAAUAAAUGCUGAAUUUUUCAGCUUAAGUAUAGGGCAUAGGAUAUUGGAAUGUGCUAAAGCUGUGGGAACUUCAGUAUAGAUUGUAAGAUUGUAAAUAUUAUACCACUGUUCAAUAAAGGAUGAACCCAAUCAAUUUGACCUUAGUGGCGGGGAGAAGUUCUAGAAAAAUAAAGGACAAAAUUAGCAGUCAUGGACAAGCAUGAAUUAAGUGGAUCAAGUCGGCAUGAAUUUGUUAAAGGUAAAUAUGUCUUAAUUAAAAUGAUAAGAAUUUUUUGAUGAAGUAACAGAGAGUUGAUUGGAGCAAUGUGGUUGAUAUGGUGUAUAUGGAUUUUCUAAAGGCUUUUGAUAAGGUGCCAUAUUGUCUUCAAGAUUGAAGCCUACAGAAUAAAGAGGGCUUUAGCAGCAUGGAUAGCAUAUUACCUAAGAGGAAAUAUAAGAACAAAAGGUUGUUUUUCAGACUGGAGGGAAGUGCACAGUGUCCCAGAGCUCAAUACUAGGACCACUGCUUUUCUUAAUAUAUUAAUAAUAUAUUAAUAUUACUUGGACUUGGGUGUACAGACUCUAUUUUCAAAUGUGUAUAUAGUACAGAAUUUGGAGAUAUAGUAAACUGUGAGGAGGCUAAGAGAGUCAUAGGAAAUUACACCAUUGGAAAUUGGCUCUUCGAUCCAUUGAGUCUGCGCUGAUAUUAUGCACCCAUUUACACUAAUCCUGCCAUGAUGUAUUUUAUUCUCUCCAUAUUUCCAUCAACUACUCCCCACCCCAGAUUCUACUGCUCAGCUACACACUAGGGACAAUUUACAAUGGCCAAUCAACUUAGAAGUCUGAACAUCUUUGGGACUUAGGAGGAAAUCGGAGGACCUGAAGGAAAUCCAUGUGGUCACAGGAAGAACAUGUAAGCUCCACACAGACAGCACUGGAGAUCAGGAUUGAACCCAGGCUGCGAGAGCUGUGAGGUAGCAGUUCUACAAGCUGUAUCAUUGUGCUAUUAAUAGAUUUAGUCAUUCAUUAUAGACUUCAAGAAAACAUGAGCAGGCUAUACUGAUUUCGGUAAACUCUCUUUUAUAGACAUUAUAUAUUCAUACAAGCUAAUUUGAAGAGCUUAAACUGUAGGAUAAUAUUUUUUGAGUGAUACAUUGGUAUUAAGCAGGAAUACAGGGAUGAUGUUAGUACUUGGGCUAUCAAUAAAACCAGGCCUUACUGUUGCCUAGAAAUUGAAUCACAGUACCACAUCUUCACAUACCGUGCUUCAAUUUCUAUGAAUAAUAAGAAUUGAAAAUUAGAGCCUUUCAGUAUGGAUUUUGAAGUCCACAAUUUUCUUCCACGUCCUCCAUACUUUUGAAACUCUGAUGCACAGAGGAUCCCUGACACACACAGCGGCAUUCAACAACAUGCAAUGCACAUCAAAAUGUUGCUUCCAUAAUUUUUGCCGAGGCAUGUGUGGCUCAUGCAGAAAUAGGCUUUCAUAGUUCCUGUGAUGGUUAAUUAACUGAAAUUUACAGGGGAGCUGUCUGAGCAGGUUCCAGUCCUGUGCUGAAAAACCCUACCCAGACGACUCCUCUUUAGGUAAUUCACUAACACACAUGAGCUUCCAUAGUCUUACAAUAGCAAUGUACAACUUCCCCAUUCCCCUGCCCACCCCCCCCCAUCCAAAGGUUGUAACUUUCUCUCACCAGUUCCCCAACUCACUGAUCUAUCAAACCAACUAUCAACCCGCCUAUCAAUCAGCAGACCUAACCUGACCACCAUCACUCCCUUCAGCCAAUACCUUCUUAGAAACUACCAAUCAAAAAUUUUUUCUACAACUUACCCCAGCCACAAACUGCAACAAAUCAGUCACUGACCUUGUCCCUGUGUGUUUCGAUUCUUCUUCUGAUCAUUAACUGCUCCAUCCCCAAUGAAUACCCAUACUCCUUGAGCAUCAGUCAUACCCUCCCUGCAACUGAUCACACCAAGGCAGUAGAUCAUUACCCCAAUCCCCCUACCAACCCUCAACAUGAGUCUUCUACUUACCAAUUAGUGCCAACCUCUACACUUCUGAUCUCUGAACCUAUCUGCAUCCCCAGGAAUGGGGUGGAGGCAGGUUCAGGGAUCAGAAGAGGAGAGACUGAGCCAGGUCAGUUUUCCCUGCAGUGGGGGAGGUUAAGAGGAGACAUGUUGAGGUAUAUAAAAUUAUGAGGGAUAGAGAGAGAGUAGAUUGCAGGAAUCUUUUCCCCUUAUCAGAGGUGACUAAAACUAGAGGACAUAGAUUUAGGGUAAGAGAUAAGGAAUGUAGAGAGGAUUUGAGGGAGAACUUUCUCACUCAGAAAGUGAUGAGUACCAAGGAUGCACUGUCUGAGAGAGUGGUGGAAUCAGAGUUGCUAACAGUACUUAAGUGGUGUCUAGAUGAGCACUUCAAUUGCCCAGACAUUGAAGGCUAUGGGCUGGAAGAUGGGAUUAAUACAGAAGGGUGCUCACUGGUCAGUGUGGACAUUGUGGGCUGAAUGGCCUGUUUCUAUUGCCAUAUUACUCUAUCACAGGCCAUUUAUGCCAGCAAUCAUUUGGAGCUGGACCCAGCUGACCUUCUUUGUAUAUUUUGCAUUGGCAGUAAACAAUGGAAAGGUUUUUCUGCAUUUAAGGCCAAUUCAUUAGAACUCAAUGCCUUAGGACUUGUACUCUGCUGAAUUUCCCUGCAGCAGGUGCAUGAACAAGCCUACCUUGAACCAACUUAAAUGCCUUUGUAAGUGCUGACCACCUAGCCUAUGUGUCUCCUAUCAAAUGCAACACAGUAUUUUUCACCCCCUUAUGGCAAAACAUACACUUGGUCCCUGUCUGUGUUUCUUCAAUCAUCAAGGUUGAUAAGUUAAGAAUAAGGUUUGUUACUCAUUGAAAGUUUUAAGAUGGGCAGGUUUUUCAACCAAUCUAAUGAGCAAAUGAGAAAAUGUAUUCAAAGAUAUUUUUAUGAAUUAAACCUAUUGAAUUUGGCUGGGGUGGGGUGAAGAUGAAUCAUAUAAACACAUUAUGUCAAACCAAGCUCCUCUUCCCCCUCUGCAAAACAAGAUCACUACAGCUAUAUAUUGCAAGAAAUAUAUACAGGCACAUUUUUUAUUAUAAGAAAUGCCCGGGUCCAAGAGCAGCACAUAUGAGCAUUAGGUGAUUAAAGUUAAAAUUAAGUAAAAUCUAGAUCCUCAUAUUUAUACCUGUUCUUUCAAAACUCUUCUGAAAAUCACACUUACCGACUUCAAUCUUGCUAAAUGUAGCAAGGAAACAGGGUGCAGAAUUUGUCCUGUGCUCCUCUCUCCUUCAGGCAGUAUUUCACAGUCUUUAAUAUGUACAAAUGAAGGCCAAUAAGAAUCCUAAAUUUACUAAAUGCAAUUGGCAUUUUCCCAUGUCACAAUGGUGAAACAUUUUUCACAUCUCUGUACAUCAAGGUGUUUCAUUUCAUUCAAAAAUGAAAAAGUUCAAAAUCUUCUGGGUUUUUUCACUUUCUCAGCAUUUUAGAAAAAAAUAAACAUUAAAAAAUGCAAACCAGAAAAUCCCUUCCCAUAUUGGAGGUACUGCUGAAAGGAUACUGCUUAAUUAACAAAAAAAGUACAUCUAUUUUUAUGAUUCACUUUGCUACUGCUUCUAAGCAGCAGCUAUUGAAGUCUCGCAUGGUUAGUUCAAUUAUUAGAAAGAGUGUAUGUUGUUGAUUUUCCUCCAUCCCUUAAGAUAAAGUGCCUGGCUUUGGCCUCAGGUCCUGCUUAUGAUAUCACAUUUAAGAAGUUAAAGAGUAAAUUAUCAAUACCAACAUUGCCCAGUUACCCUGUAGCAUGGUAAUUUGGUGGCAACUUAUGUUACUAUUCAUAGGAACCAGAAAUUUAUAGUUUAUUAUUAAUAGAGGCACAAAUGGCAUGAGGAACAUGAAAUAUUCAAAGGUAAAUAAAUGAAAUGGGCUAAUAGCUUUGUACCUUGUUAGCCUGAACAUUAUAUUCAUUCAUAUACAUAUUUAUAGGCUAUUUAAUCCAAAGAUGAGGGCAAAUGUUCAAGCUUUUUUUGUAUUCACAAUAAGUGGUGCAGUGUUUCUAAGUGUGUUUUUUUUAAGUUCAACCCAAUUCACAUUUUACAUUCUGAAUCUCAGUGAGGUAUCACUGUAAUUGUUAUCACAGCCCAGCAAUAGCUAAACUAAACCUUUACUGUUUAAAUUAUUUAAAUAACCAGGUAUUUUGCUUCAAAAUUAUAUAUUAUCAAAGCAAUUCCCACUUCUAUUGUCAUUGAUUUUUGUAUACCUUAAAUACUGGAAAGAAAAGUGGAAUAAAAAGACAAGAAUAAAAAGAAUGCAUUGUUGGCUUUGACCUUUUGGGAGGAAAAUUAAAUAUAAAAUAUCCUCUACAGUUGACUUGUUCUACAAUUAGUAAGCAUUGAGAUAGGAAAAAUCAGAAUAAUUUGAAACACAUCAAGUCCACAUCCUAGCCAGGUUACUUUGGAGACAAUGCUAGUUAUCAUAUAUUUUGGCUCUGAUGGCGUGGUUUAUUUUGCAGUACUGUACAGGACCAAUGUAACUUGCUCCUGAAUGCCAAAAUGCACAUUGUAUUUGUGCAGUGUAGACAUUUCAGCACAACAAAUACAUCAACUAAUUAUACUUCAUGAGUACUGUCUUCUUACCAGUAUUGUAUGUUAUCUUGUUAUUCUGGUGUGCACCAUAUUGUUUAGAAUAAACUGGCAUUGUCAAAUA